CUACAGAUCCAUUGACAUUGUUACAUGAGCAGAGCUCGAACCACUCGUACAUCUUACUAUUUUUGGUAACAAAUAAAUUUGAUGUCGUUUCUCCCAGUGCACCCACACACGACAGCCGGUGGUGGGAGCACUCAACAAUUACUUAGCUGGCAUCUUCAACGCCUCGGUGCCUCUGGUCUCGCCUUUCAGCAUUCUUAUUAAUUACACGCCGCGCUAAUUAGGAUGUAACGGAAUAGCGAAAGGAUUAUCCGCAGCUUUACCUGAAUGCCUUGGAUGUGAGUCACUCACUCGGCUGAAUUCCGCUUUUAUCGCCCGUUCAUAUUAGUUUUGCCCAAUUUGCGGCAGCUUCUGGUGUUUCCCCAAUUUUGUCACGCACGACCUGCCUGCCAAAUAAUCGAGUGGAAUCGAGUCCAGUCAUCAGUUAGCCAAGCUUUGUGAGCCGGCUGAUGUUUGCUCUCAGCCUUCGGCGGACGCAUUGAACCAACAAACAAUGGCAAGCGACCCAACUUCAUUACAUGCCCAUUAAAAACGCGCCGAAUUCGGCUAUAUAAAGCGGCUGGCGGUGAGCUGGAAAAAUUUUAUACAUUUUGCGGCACCACAGCGGAGAUUAAUCACUCUAUCAUAAAUAUGCAAAAAUCAAUCGUUUCUUUGGGCUUGCUGCUUCUAUUGCUGGAAUGUGCUCAGGCGGCUUUUAACUGUUCAGCGCCGCCUAGCUUCAAUAAUUUUGACAUUAACACUUGCUGUCGUACUCCGGAAUUGGACAUGGGGGAUGUGCCGCAGAAGUGCCAAGAAUACGUGAGUGGCUUGAAGUCGGCCAAUUCCAAAUAUCCCAGCUUUGCCCAUCUGUGUUAUCCUGACUGCAUCUAUCGGGAAACGGGAGCCAUGGUCAAUGGAAAAAUCAGAAUGGAGAGGGUAAAGCAGUAUUUGGAACAGCAUGUUCAUCGACGGGAUCAGGAUAUAGUCUCCCAUAUAGUGCACUCCUUUGAGACCUGUCUGUCGAACGUUAAAGGUCACAUGAAGUCAUCGAACAUUGAGUCCUAUAAAGUCCUGCCCCAUGGCUGUUCACCUUUUGCCGGAAUACUAUAUAGUUGUGUGAAUGCCGAGACUUUCCUCAACUGCCCUCCAAAGAUGUGGAAAAAUGAAAAACCAUGCAAUUUGGCCAAGGAAUUCGCCCAGCAGUGCAAUCCCCUGCCGCACGUUCCGCUUCCCAGCAGUUGAUGGCCCAUAUAGAUUUACACAUUUGUAAAAU